UCCUUUCCCUUUUCAUUUCAAUUUUGGAAACUUUUCAACUCUCCCGAGUUUUUCUCCAAUUCUGGCAGAUCUGAUUUUUAAGCCGUUCAAUUUCUUUCCUUUUCCUGGGAGAUUCUAGGGUUUUAGUUUCCAAUUCCUUCGGUUGUCUUUGAUUAUGGCGAAUUUCGGGGGCUAUAUAUAGUGUUGGGCUGUCUGUGGCUUUGCUGCGUCAGAUUUUGCUGCAAUGGCUGCUUUGCAGAGAGUGACACAGUCAAGCAUGACCACUAGUGUAAGCAGCUAUGGCAGCUGCAAAGGUGGUGGUGCUGCAUCUAUUGAGAAGGUGGUUCCUGAUAAGUUCCCAGUUGGUCUGAGGGUUCUCGUUGUGGACGAUGACAUCACUACUCUGAAAAUCAUCGAACAAAUGUCUCUUAAGUGUCAUUAUCGCGUCACCACGUGUUCUGAGGCUACUGUUGCUUUAAAUCUUCUACGAGAAAAAGGCUGUUUUGACGUAGUACUGAGUGAUGUUUAUAUGCCUGACAUGGAUGGUUAUAAACUCCUAGAACAUGUUGGGCUGGAGAUGGAUCUUCCUGUUAUCAUGAUGUCUGCUGACGGUAGAACAAGUGCUGUGAUGAAGGGUAUUAGACAUGGGGCUUGUGACUAUUUGAUUAAGCCUGUUCGUGAGGAGGAAUUGCGGAAUAUAUGGCAGCACGUUCUUAGGAAAAUGUGGAAUGAAAAUAAAGAACAUGAAAAUUCUGGCAGCUUGGAAGACAAUGAUAGGAAUAAACAAGGAACUGAUGAUACUGAAUAUGCUUCAUCUGUAAUUGAUGCGGCAGAAGUAGUUAAAGUGCCAAAAAAGAGGAUAAGCUCAAAAGAAGAUGAUGAUGGUGAGCUGGAGAAUGAUGAUCCAUCUACAUCUAAGAAACCCCGUGUGGUCUGGUCAGUAGAACUGCAUCAACAAUUUGUCAGUGCUGUGAACCAACUUGGGCUUGACAAGGCUGUACCAAAGAGAAUUCUUGAACUUAUGAAUGUCCCUGGUUUGACAAGAGAAAAUGUUGCGAGUCAUCUGCAGAAAUUUCGACUUUAUUUGAAGAGAAUAAGUGGAGUGGCACAACAACAGAAUGGGAUUCCAAACACAGUCUCUGGGUCUAUGGAAUCCAGGCUAGGAGGACUUGGAAGGUUAGACAUCCAAGCUCUUGCUGCUGCUGGCCAAGUUCCUCCUCAAACACUGGCAGCCCUUCAUGCAGAACUCUUAGGUCGUCCGGCCACUAACUUGGUGCCGACUGUAGACCAGACUUCUCUUCUGCAAGCUUCCAUACAAGGCCCGAAGCAUUCCCCUGCAGAACAUUCUGUGGCAUAUGGUCAGCCUCUAGUAAAAUGUCCUUCCAACGUUGCCAAGAAUUUUCCUCGAUCCAUCCUUACUGUGGAUGAUGCAUCUCGAGGUUAUGGAACAUGGCCGCCAUCUGAUACAAUUGGUUCAAUGGCACCCAAUAGUAAUCAUGGAAGGGUGGGUGUUCAAAAUAAUGACAUGCUGGUGGAUAUACUGCAGCACCAGCAAAGGCAGCAGUUCCAGCAAACACAGCAGCAUAAGCUGCAGCAGCAAUCGCUGAUGCAUGAUCAAAGUCGUUCCAUCAAUGUUCAGCCAUCUUGCUUGGUGGCUCCCUCUCAGACUUCAGGCACCUUCCAGGUUAACGGUCCUGCUUCUGUCAACCAGAAUUCCAGUUUGGCCAGGAAUGUCCUUAUGGAUUAUAGUCUCUUUACACCGCAAUCGAAUCAUCCUUCAUUAAAUAUUGCUCAAUUUCCUGGCGGGGACACCAAAGCUAAAGGUGUUCUUUGUGGAUAUGUGGCUCCAAGCUCCAUUUCGCACUCAACAUCGUCGCAUCCAAUAAGCGCUAACAACAGCAAUAUCCAACAGCUUCAUAACCCAUCUUUGGCAUUCGGUACUGUUAGACCUUUGCCAACUCUUUCAUCAAACGUGUCUGAGACACAAGUUCCAUAUGGUGGUACUAAAUCUGGUGAUGCAAUUGAUCAAGCACAUGUAAGAAAUCUUGGAUUUGUUGGCCAAGGUAGCAGUAUUCCAAGUAGGUUUGCUGCUCAUGAAAUUGAAUCAUCCGUCAGUGACUUAAGUCAGGGAAAAAUCCCUCUAGAUAGCAAUGGUAACACAGUGAAGCAGGAGCCAAAUAUGGAUUUUAUGGAUAAUUCAAAAGUGGGCUCCCCAGUCUUACAAAGAUAUCCAUCUGAUCCCAUGAAUGUGUUCGCUGAAUAGGCUGAACUAUGGCGAGGAGAAAGCCAUUUUCCUCCAAGGUACAGAUUAUUUCAUCAUCAGUUGUUUAGUAGAGAUUCAGUUGGAUCUUGUUUAGUAGAGAUUAUUUCCUCAAACUAGUUUUGGACUUCUUGCUGCUUGAACCAGACUCGGUUGUAUUCUGGAGCUUAAUGAUGGUUGUAUAAAGUAUCAGUAUUAUGCAUGUUGGCUUGCUCUCCUUAGAAGCUGCACAUGUCUUUAGGAAUUUUUAUUACCUGUCAACUAGUUUGUAGGGCAAAUAAAACUAACAGUUUAUGUCCAAAUUAUCGGCUUAUUGCCAUCAAUGUUAGUUAGGGUUUUUAUGCUGUUGGAAAUGUUAUCCUAGUGGAAUCACUAGUUAUAUGCUGUAUGUAAUUGUAACCUCACCUAAACUAGUCUCGUCUUCAUUACCAGAGUACCAGUCAAUAUGGCCUGGUAUUAAAUGCAGCCACGAUUGGUUG